CGACAACACCCAGAGGCCUUCAUCUCUCCAAACUUAUCAUUGAAACACUCUCCUGCUAUCUGGAAUAGCAGCAUAGAAUCGAAUCGACAUCGGAAUCGCUUCCAUCUACAUCCUAUCGCCCAUCGGUCACGCAUGUCAGAGCAGAAUUCCGAACGUCACUCUCCACAACACCUCUGCACGUGCUUGCCAAUAAAGUCACCACACACGGCAAUGCACAAACAGAGAGAAGACCACAUCUUCUGGCCUACGUAGUUUUCCUUGAUAGCUCGCAAUUGCGUGUCUUGUGAACCUGUGAAGCGCAAUUGUGCGGUGCUUCAUUCAGCCCUGCGGGACAUUCGCAAUAACUCGCCGUUCACCAUGGGGUCAAUUGCAGAUACGUUGAGUCAAUUGCGUGCGGCUCGAGACAUUGUGCUCCACGAUCCCACGCCAUAUCCGCAGGUCGUUGCCGGGAUUCUUCAGGUCGUCUCGCCUGCAGCCCAGAUAGAAGCGCGAAGAUGGGGCGCAGAUUUCCUUGCCGAAUCAUUCGCGUCUCCAGUGGUUGCUGCAGAGGUGAAACAACAAAUGGCAGUGCUUGUCCUGGACACACUAGGAGGCUGGCUAGACAGGCAGAAGACGAUGGGCCAGGAGGAGGAUGUAUGCGUGGUGAAAAGCGCGAUUCAGUGCGCUGCGAGCAUAUAUCCUUUCGUGUUUAGGCACACAGUCACAGCGAGUGACGCGAAUGUGUGGAAGAAAAUGAGCGACAUCAAAAGUACUAUCUUGGGGAGGAUGGACACUGGCAACCCGGGCGUGAGAAUAUGUUGCAUCAAAUUCGCAACCUGUGUGGUCCAGACGCAAACUCCGGGCACGAUUGCAGAUCCACGGCGGCCGGAGCGAAACGAAAUCAGUCUUGCUCUGCUCCCGCGCGAACAUGCUGUAGUCUCAUCUUCCAUCCUCGAGGCGCAGGCUUCAGGCCUGCUUGACAGAGUGCUUUCAGUGUUGCAAGACAGUUCUGAUGACGCUUUGAUCGUGACUGCAGCUCUCAAUGCCUUGGCUCCCUUGGUUCAGAAACGAGCAAGUAUAACGGCCAAGAUCAUAACUGCAGUUCUCAACUUCGAUCCCUUCAAGCUCACGCGUAAGACGAUGACUGGAAGGGACAAAAUAAUAGUCCGAAGUUUGACCCGAACGACAAUGUCGUUUUUGCUGAACAACUUCAAACUCGCCAAGAACAAUAUUUUUGCAGGUCGGAUUCAGCAGCAUCUGGAACGCAUGAAGGUUACUUUAAACGAAGCAUUUUCCGAAGCACAUCAGCUGAAGCGACGGGCCCUGGACAUGCCCGUAGAUGGACUCGAUGACACAAAACGUCAGCGACUCAGUGCUGAGCCGGCUCAUAGUGUAGCGCAGCUUCAGCAGCCGGACGCCUUUGCGCCGUUGCCUGAUGGCCCUAUCUCGCUUGCACAACUAUUCACGCUCACAAGAGAUACAGCCGUGAGCACAUUCCCGGUACAAGGCCUGAAUGCGGAUAUCAUCACUCAGCUCAUACCUGCCGUAAUUCAGACUUUGAGUCAAGAGCGGAUCGAGCAGGUUGUCAAUGCUGUUCGCAGUAGGAUGGAUUAUCUAAGCAAGAGUGUGCCAGCUCCGGCAUCUGCUGUCGAAGCGGUCAAAGCAGUAAUUGGCGAAGAUGAUGAUGAUGAUUAUGAUCCAACUAUGAACUUUGAGGGCGAUCUAGAACAAGUUACGAACGAGCUUGAUCAACUGCCCCCGGAAAAGGUUGCCACUGACGUGGCCGUCGGUCCCUUCAACCUACCCUCACCCACUCCCCUCACGGUCGCAGCUCGAGACGACUACAGCAAGACGGCAUUGACUAGAGUGUUUGAAACUCUCGCCGAGAUAGACAAGGAAAUACGGUCACGAGACCUCGAAAAAGACCAAAAGGCAAAGAACAAACCAGGAGAAUCUGAAAAAGGAUUCAACCGUUUAGCUGCAUCACUUCUGAGCGGUCAUGAUAGAGAAGGCUGGCUCACACUGCUGACGCGGUUAGCGACGCGCAGCUCGUUGCAUGCCACCGACGGCAAUCAAAAGGCCGAAAACCAGAAUAGAAUCGCUCGCAAGGAUGGCAGGAAAUUUGACCUGUCGAAUGGCAUCCGCCAAGCAUUGAUGAACUACAUCAUGGAGAAUUUCCGUGCUAGGAUUGACGUGGCCAUCAUGUGGCUUAGUGAAGAAUGGUACUCUGAACGAGUGGUCAAGAACGACAGCAAUGGCUUGCCAACGUACUGGCAUUGGACACUCCGGCUUUUCGAUGCUAUGACAACCUACUUUGACAUACGAGAUGGCAAAAUCUUGAUACGAUUUUUGUCCGAAGUCCCAGCCAUUAACCGCGAUAUGCUGAGACUUGCGAAGAAAAUCGCCCAGGACCCUGAUCGAGUACAAUUGACGGUCAACGCAUUAUUGUACCUGAUCAUGUUUCGACCACCAGUGCGGGAAGCGGCCAUCGACUGUGUAGCUGAACUAUGGCAAGAAAAUCAAGAUGCGAAGCCUGCAGCUGCAAAAAUACUUGCCAAAUAUCGACCGGCGGUAAUCGAGAAGGCCAAUAAAACUCCUGUGAAGGAAGAGGCGUAAGGUCGGAAAAGUGCUGGGAUCAAAAUGGCGCAAGGACUGAUGUUUACGGCCAAAAUGAACCGAGUUGAUCCAGCUCGCAUAUCAAUGUUGUCAAUGGUGUUGGGAGUGCGGUGAACGGGCAUGAUUUCGUUGAAGAUGUUGAUUGGCAGCACCUGUAUUCUACGGGGUAUUGGGUUCAACAGGUAUUUGAAUGGGUACUUGUCAAUGUAUGAUUAGCAUCCGUGUCUGUAUACCACCUUUUGUUGCUCGAAGACAACUUGACCGAAAAAUUAAGUAUUCUGAUGUCUGGGC